GCACGCACGCCCUGCGUGGGGCGCGCGGGGCGGGGGGGGGGAAGACAGCCAGAACCCCAGAACGUUUCACACAAGCCAAGGCCCCAUCCAGAGAAUCCUUCAUCUCAGGGGCCAGGGGGCGACCGAGGCAGACCCCACCUCCAGGCUUCUCGCCUAACCCGGCGCCCCGCAGUCGCAGCUGGGAUGCCAGAGGGCGCAGCAUCUCGGGCCGGGGAGCCCAGGCCCGGGAGGAGGGGUGGAGGUCUCGGGACGUGGAGUGGGAGCUUGGGGGAGCCUGGGGGAGGGGGCUGGGGGAGCGGGGGAGGCGGAGCUGGGCCGCAGAGGCCCCUCCCCGCGGCAGCACCGCGGCCCGGCCUGGUAUUCGGCUCGCCGCUCGGCCCGGACCCGCGCACCUCCAGGGGCUCGGGGAAUCGGCCCCCGCACCACCCCGCCCGGGCCUAGAGCCACCUCUAAGCCGAGGCCGCAGACGGAGCUGGAGCUGCUGUCGCAUCCCGGCCGGGCCUCCCCCGCUCUCCCUCCCUCUCUGGCUGGACAUCUGGACCCUGGGCCCCCGCACCGCCAGGGUUCCGGAAACCCUCCCCGCCCAACUCGGCGGCCCAGCCCCGCACGGCCCUCCCUCCACACUCCCCUGCCCCGACUUCCGUCCACUCCUGGACCCCCCGCUUCCCAUCCCUUUCCUCCCCCACCCACUCCCCAAGCCUGGACCCCGGUGGGAGGGAGGGGGGUGUGCGCCCUGCGCCGUCCCCGCCCCGCCCCCCGUGAUUCCCCCUGCAUGGCCGGCCCGGGUGGGGGGUGCGGGGGGGCCCGGGCGCCAUGCGGGGGGGUCACAAAGAGGGUCGCUGUGCCUGUCCCCGAGUGAUUCGGAAAGUGCUGGCAAAAUGCGGCUGCUGCUUCGCCCGGGGGGGACGUGAAUCCUACUCCAUUGCUGGUAGUGAGGGGAGCAUGUCAGCAUCUGCUGCCUCAGGUCUAGCUGCCCCGUCUGGCCCCAGCUCUGGCCUCAGCUCUCACCCCUGUUCUCCGGUCCCCCCUGGGCCAGUAACUGGCCUGAGGAGAUGGUUGGAUCAUUCCAAACAUUGUCUCAGUGUGGAAACUGAGGCAGACAGUGGUCAAACAGGACAAUAUGAGAACUGGAUGCUGGAACCAACGCUAGCCACAGGAGAGGGGUUGCCAGAACUAACCUUAUUGACUACAUUGUUGGAGGGUCCUGGAGACGAGACACAGCCACCUGAAGAGGAGACUUUGUCUCCAGCUCCCCAGAAUGAGGAAGAACAAAAGAAGGUCGCCCUGGAAAGGAGUAUGUUUGUCCUGAGUGAGCUGGUAGAGACAGAAAAAAUGUACGUGGAUGACUUGGGACAGAUUGUAGAGGGUUACAUGGCUACCAUGGCAACUCAGGGGGUCCCUGAGAGUCUUCGAGGUCGUGACAGGAUUGUGUUUGGGAACAUUCAGCAAAUCUAUGAGUGGCACCGAGACUAUUUCCUUCAGGAGCUGCAGCAGUGUUUGAAAGAUCCUGAUUUGUUGGCUCAGCUGUUCAUCAAACACGAGCGCCGGCUGCAUAUGUAUGUGGUCUACUGUCAGAAUAAGCCCAAGUCAGAACAUGUGGUGUCAGAAUUUGGGGACAGCUACUUUGAGGCCUGUCCUUGUCCCCAGGAGCUCAGGCAGCAGCUGGGACACCGUCUGCAGCUCAAUGACCUCCUCAUCAAACCUGUGCAGCGAAUUAUGAAAUACCAGCUGUUGCUCAAGGACUUUCUGAAGUAUUACAGCAGAGCUGGGAUGGGUACUGAGGAGCUGGAGCAAGCUGUGGAGGUCAUGUGUUUCGUACCCAAGCGUUGUGAUGACAUGAUGUCCCUGGGGAGACUUCGGGGAUUUGAGGGAAAACUAACUGCUCAGGGGAAGCUCUUGGGCCAGGACACGUUCUUGGUGACAGAGCCUGAGGCUGGGGGUCUGCUUUCUUCCCGGGGUCGAGAGAGGCGCGUCUUCCUGUUUGAGCAAAUUAUCAUCUUCAGUGAGGCGCUGGGAGGAGGAGGUCGAGGUGGUACACAGCCUGGUUAUGUGUACAAGAGCAGCAUCAAGGUGAGCUGCCUAGGACUUGAGGGAAACCUCCAAGGCCACCCUUGCCGAUUCGCGCUGACCUCUAGGGGGCCGGAAGGUGGGAUCCAGCGCUAUGUCCUGCAGGCUUCAGACCCUGCUGUCAGUCAGGCCUGGAUCAAGCAAGUGGCCCAGAUCCUGGAAAGCCAGCGGGACUUUCUCAAUGCCUUGCAGUCACCCAUUGAGUACCAGAGACGGGAGAGCCAGACCAACAGCCUGGGGCGGCCAGGAGGGCCUGGGGUAGGGAGCCCUGGGAGGAUGCGGCCUGGAGACCUGGCCCAGGUCAGCAUGCACACACCUGUCAAUGGCUCCCUCCCUUCCCUGCUGCUUUUGCCCAAAGGGGAGGUGCCCAGAGCACCCUUGCCCCUGGAUGUACAGGCUCUCAGUGAUGCCCCCCAGACUCCUCACAAACCCCCAGCCCUCCCAGCUGUGAGCACCCCGCCCUGUCAGGCCAGGCUGGCCAAGCUGGAUGAAGAUGAGCUAUAACUGGUGAAGGCCUUGGGAAUGGUGCUGAUUCAGCCACUGGGCCCUCAAGGAAUCAGAAGAGAAUCCUGGCGAUGUGCCAGGCUCCUUUCUUCCUGGUGUGUGGAGGAUGGGCAAGGCUGGGAGAGAGAUCAGCAUGAUGGGGAGUGCCUAGACCUGACAGGACUCUUCUCUGCACAAGGAGCACAGGAUCCGCCAGCUCCACUCCAUGCAUGGACCCCCUCAAAUGGAGGAUACGUAGGGGCUUGGAAGGAGGACUGGGGCAGGAACCAGAAAGAAAUGAUUGGUUUUGUUGUGAUUUUGUUUUCCAGUUUCCUGUGAAUAAAAGUUUUGUUACAUCACCA